GCCGUCGUCCACGAGCCGCGUCGCCUCGUCGCAGCAUCAUACAUGCUCCUAGCUCGUAGCAGCUCCCCCAUGUGACCCCUCCCUCUCGCCCCAUGUGACCCGCCCUGAAUGCCACUGCCCUCACACCUCAUCACCACGCUCCCCUCCCCCCGCUUGAUCCCGACCUCCCUCACCUCCUUCCUCCCUCGCUCUCCUCCACCUUGCUCUUGCUUGCAUCCAGCCACAUUCUCCAUUCUCCCCAGAUCACAGCUCAACGCAGCCAUGAUCCGGCGCGGCAUGCCGCCGCCGCUCGCGCUCCUGCUCCUGCUCGGCGCGUUCGCCGCGGCGCAGCAGGAGGGCAACGUGCCGGAGCAGUACGCGGCGUCGCUGGCCACCCGCUUCGACGCGCCGGCGGGCUGGCCGUUCCCGAACCCGCGCCUGCGGGCGGCCUACGCGGCGCUGCAGGCCUGGAAGCAGACGGCCAUCUUCUCCGACCCGGCCAACUUCACCGCCAACUGGCAGGGCCCCGACGUCUGCCGCUACAACGGCGUCUACUGCGCGCCCGCCCCCUCCGCCGCCUACCACGGCGCACCACUCACCGUCGCCGGGAUCGACCUCAACCACGCCGACAUCGCCGGCUACAUCCCCGCCUCCCUCCCGCUGGGGCUCCCGGACCUGGCGCUGCUGCACCUCAACUCCAACCGCUUCUGCGGCGUCGUGCCCGACACCUUCCGCCGCUUGCGCCUGCUCCACGAGCUCGACCUCAGCAACAACCGCUUCGUCGGCGCCUUCCCGGAGGUGGUGCUCGCGCUGCCGUCCCUCAGGUACCUCGACCUCCGCUUCAAUGACUUCGAGGGCUCCAUCCCGCCGGCGCUCUUCGACCGCCCGCUCGACGCCAUCUUCCUCAACUCCAACCGCCUGCGCAACCCCAUCCCCGCCAACCUCGGCAACUCGCCGGCCUCCGUCGUCGUGCUCGCGCACAAUCGGCUCGGCGGGUGCAUCCCGCCCUCCAUCGGCAGGAUGGCGGACACGCUCAACGAGAUCGUGCUCAUCGACGACAUGCUCACCGGCUGCGUCCCGCCGCAGGUGGGGCUGCUGAAGAAGGUGACGGUGUUUGAUGUCAGCGGCAACCGGCUCCAGGGGGCCCUCCCCGCGGCCGUCGGCGGGAUGGCGGCCGUCGAGGAGCUCGACGUCGCCGGGAACCUCUUCGAGGGCGCCGUGCCGGCCGCCGUCUGCGGCCUCGCCGGGCUCAAGAACUUCACCUACACCGACAACUUCAUCACCUCGCGCCCCGGCUGCGCGCAGGCCACCGCCGACGGCGCGUGGAACUGCAUCCCCGGCGCGCCCGCGCAGCGGCCGGCGGCGCAGUGCGCCGCCGCGGCCUCCCACCCGUUCGACUGCAGCAAGGCGCAAUGCCAGUUCCCGGCGUACACUCCUGCCACUCCCACCACGCCCGGUGGUGGCAAGCCUUCCAGCCCGUCCUACCCGUCGCCGCCGUCAAGCACGACCACUCCGUCGUCCCACUCGCCUCCCAAGGGCUCCGGCACGCCGGCAUACCCCUCGCCGCAUCAGGGAUCCACCACCCCGUCCUACCCGUCGCCACCGUCGAGCUCCAGCACCCCGUCAUACCACUCGCCACCCCAGGGAUCCACCACGCCAUCGCCACCAGGCUCGACCACGCCGUCGUACCUGACGCCGCCGUCCAGCUCCAGCACCCCGUCGUACCACUCGCCGCCCCAGGGAUCCACCACCCCAUCACCACCGCAGGGCUCAACCACUCCAUCGUACCCGACGCCGCCGUCCAGCUCCAGCACCCCGUCAUCCCACUCGCCGCCGCAGAGCACGCCGGGGACCCCGUCGUACCCGUCUCCUUCGUCAGGCACCCCGAUGCCAGUAGGAGGCCACGCGCCGCCUCCCCCAACCUCGGCCGACAAGCCAGACGGGCGGUACGCGCCGCCUCCGGGCUCGUACGGCCCCACGACGCCCUCCGGCUCGACGCCACCAUCCUCCGGCAGCCACCAGACGCCGUCGCCGCCCACGGAGUACCCCGGCUACGCGCUGCCUCCCCACUCGCCGGGGACACCAGCCACCACCACGCCUCCAUCAGAGACGCACCCAGGCACCCCGUCCUCGCCGUCGUCGGGAGCAACAACGCCGUCCACGCCCGAGCACUGCGCGCCGCCGUCCCAGGGCGGCAGCACCAGGCACCCGACGCCGGCCGGCGCGAACCUGCCGUUCCCGCCGGUGUACGGCGUGGCAUACGGGUCGCCGCCGCCGCCAAUGAAGCCGUACAACUAAUUCCUCCCGAUCCACCGCCGGAGCCGCCGCCAACAGCCGAUCGCCGCCAGUAUAAUACCUCACCUCGCGCUCGCUCCGCCAUCACCCGUAGUAUUUUUUUCCACCUUGGAUUUCUUUUUCAUCUCUUCUUCUUCCUUCUUCUGAAUUUGUUGCGAGUAUUCGAUCCACGAUCUACAGAGAGAGAGAUUGGAUGGAGUUAAAAGAGGCCCUCCUAUGUAUUCUUUCUGCCCGGAUUUAUUAAAUUAAUUUGGAUGUGUAAUCUUCGAGCCUGCAAUAACAGAAUGAGUGGCACCUUCAUCUACUGCA